AUGCCGGCUCUCAUGUCUUGCACCAACACGAUGGGCCUUCGCGGUCGCAAGUUGCGUUGGACCAUCACCGCCAUUUCGGUCAUUGGGUUCUCGCUUUUUGGCUACGAUCAAGGGUUGAUGAGUGGAAUCAUCACCGCUCAGCAGUUCAACGAUGAGUUUCCUGCCACCGGUGGUGACUCGCACCGUACUACUGUCAUCCAGGGCGCCGUCGUCAGUUGCUACGAGCUCGGAUGCUUCUUCGGCGCCGUCUUCACCCUCUUCCGCGGCGAAAAAAUCGGACGCCGCCCCCUCAUGCUCCUCGGUGCCGUACUUAUGGUCAUUGGUGCCAUCAUCUCGGUCACUCCCUUCAAGGGUCACUGGGCCCUUGGACAGUUCGUCGUCGGCCGGGUUGUUUCAGGGCUCGGGAACGGAAUGAACACGGCUACCAUUCCGGUCUGGCAAUCAGAGAUGUCGAAGCCCAAGAACCGCGGUCUUCUCGUGAAUCUGGAGGGAACUUUCAUCGCCGUUGGCACCCUAUGGGCCUACUGGAUCGUCUUUGGAACAAGCUAUGCGCAAACGAGCGUUCAAUGGCGCUUUCCGAUCGCUUUCCAGAUCGUGUUUGCCUUUGUUAUCUUCGCCGGCGCCUUCUUCCUGCCCGAGUCUCCCCGAUGGCUCAUCGCGCAAGGAAGGUCAGACGAGGCAAAGCAGGUCCUCUUCGCCCUCGAAGGCGACGCAGCAAACAAGGAAGAGAUCGAGAGCGAAGCCAAGGUCAUUCGAGACACGAUCGACAAGACAGGAGGACAAGGAGGUCUCUCGGAGCUCUUCACCAACGGCAAGACGCAGCACUUCCGACGUAUGCUCAUUGGCGCUUCGACUCAGUUCUUUCAGCAGUUCACCGGAUGCAACGCAGCCAUCUACUACAGCACGGUGCUCUUCCAGACGUCUCUGAACCAGCCGAGGAGGCUGUCGUUGGUUCUGGGAGGUGUUUUCGCUACGGUGUACGCUCUCUCGACCAUCCCGUCCUUCUUCACCAUCGAGAAGCUCGGGAGGCGCAAGCUGUUCCUUAUCGGAGCCACCGGACAAGGUAUUGCCUUCACCAUUACCAUGGCUUGCCUCGCCGCCCCCGAAAACGAGAACAACGCAAAGGGAGCCGCUGUCGGUCUCUAUCUCUUUAUCUUCUUCUUUGCGUGGUCCGUCCUACAGCUUCCGUGGGUGUAUCCCCCCGAAAUCAAUCCCCUCCGAACUCGUACGGCGGCUGUCUCGGUGUCUACGUGCACAAACUGGAUCUGCAACUUUGCAGUGGUCAUGUUUACGCCCCUCUUCAUCAGCUCGACGCGCUGGGGAGCCUACCUCUUCUUCGCCUUGAUGAACUUCCUGUGGAUCCCCAUCAUCUACUUCUUCUACCCCGAAACGGCCGGUCGACGGCUGGAGGAGAUCGAUCUCAUCUUCGCCAAGGCGCACAUCGAGCACAAGCCCGCGUAUCGAGUCGCCAAGGAGAUGCCGAAGCUCAGCGCUGCCGAGAUCGAAGCCGAAGCUGAGAAGAUCGGUCUUUUCGAGCCUAUGCUCGACACUGAAGCAUCUGCUUCCACUGUUGACAGCACGAGCAGCAGAAGCGGUGACGCUUCGGACCAUGCUAGCAUUGCCAACAACAAGGCAUAG